GUUAAGCUGAUGCAGUGGCAAGCAGUGGCCGAUAGUGUAAACUGUGUAUCAAUUGUGAAGAGAGAUGUGGCUGAAGUACGCAAAAAGUUUUACGACUUGAGAACACAUUUGAAGAAGAAAGUGGCAGUAGAAAAUAAAUAUACUGGAACAACUGGUGGAGGCCAUCCUGCGAAGUUCAAAUAUUCCAAUAUUGAAGAGGCCAUGUUACCUCUCCUGUCAAGAACCGCCGUCUUUGGGUUACCAAUUCCUGAAAGUGAAGUUGAGGUUCCAGAUGCAGUUCAUAUAGAACAUUACGAGGAGGCUAAUGAACCUUGCCUUGUUUAUGUGGAAGAACCUGAACCUGUGCAUCUGGUAGAACCUGUGCAUCUGGUAGAACCUGUGCAUCUGGUAGAAUCUGUUCAUACGGAAGAACCUAGGGUUUGCAACCCUGUGGAACAGGUGACCUCCAGCCCUACCAAGCCUGGAACCUCAAGAAUUUCUGAAAAUGUUUCUUGUGGAACUCACAAAAGGAAGAGGCGCAGCAAUGAGGCACCAAAGCACACAAUGGUUCAGGAAAUGUUGAAUGUUUAAAGGGGAAUAUUAGCAUAUACAGAAAGCAUGGCAGCAAAUACAGAAAGCAUGGCUGCAUCACUUUCAGAGCUAACAGCAGCUGUGGUGCGGAUUGCCAAUGCUAUUGUAAUUACUCAGCCUCUUGAAAACCAAUGAAUGGGCAUACAACUUUUUUUUCAUGAUCUUGUAUUUGCCAUAUUUUUUUAAUAAGGUGGUAUCAACUUUUAACAGUUAUUUUUGUGAUAUUCUACACAUGUUCACUCAGUCUGAAAAGUAUUGCUCUUUGAGGUACCAGUUUGUGUUUGAGGCUUUUUUAAUAGCUAUUCAUUUUUAAUAUUUCCAAGUCGGUCAACAGAAGGGUUAAGGAGUCAAUGAUUUCAUGAACAUCAAUUUUAUUCAACUUUAUUUUCUGAGAAACCUGACGUAGAUGAAAUUUUCAAAUUUGUUUAUUUUGGGCUCAAUCUUAGAAGCGUGAUGAUUUAUAAAUAAAAGACAAAUAUUGUCUCUACUUUUUGUAUGAAGGAAAAAGGAUUUUGUAUCCCCAUAAAUAUAAAUAUGAUUUACUUGCGCAAUUCAUUAUUUUCCUAGCAUCAUGAUGGA